AUGGCCGACCAACAUUCAUCCUGUGCACGACACGACAUGGACACCGAGCAGUGCACAAGUGAGCUUGGAUGCUACUGCACAACGGAGUCACGCAGCGGCUCCCGCAACAAGCCCUAUGCCAGCCCGCCUAACAACGCCUGCAACAGCAGCGAAUGGGGAAUGUGGAGACAAUGUGAGAGCGGGGGAAGAGCAGGACCUCCCCUCACUGGGCGCUCUUUUUCAGACAUCGACACUGCCACACAUGACAAGCCCGUCUGGGCUGAAGACCACGCUGGGGAUCCGACGCCGCAGGCGGUGCUUAACCAUCAGGAACCACAGCAGCCCCCCACAGGGGAAGAACUUGGCCUCCCAUGUGAGUAA